ACUGAACAAGCAUAGAAGCAGAAAAUGGCACUUAGCAAAGACCGUGGCAUUACAAUGAAUGAUGGGAACAAAAUCCCCAUAUUGGGGUUUGGAACCUAUUCCCCGGAUGCUGUUCCAAAAAGUAAGUGUGAGGAGGCUACAAAGACAGCAAUAGAAGUCGGCUUCCGUCAUAUUGAUGGCGCAUAUGUAUAUCAGACUGAGGAGCACGUUGGGAGGGCCGUUCGUGCAAAGAUUUCAGAUGGAACAGUCAAAAGGGAAGAUAUUUUCUACACUGGAAAACUUUGGAGUACCUUCCACCGCCCUGAGCUGGUUCGGAAAUGCUUAGAAGAAUCGCUGAAGAAACUCCAGUUUGACUACAUGGAUCUGUUCAUAAUUCACAAUCCAUUUUCUAUGAAGCCUGGACCAGAUUUAUUUCCCAUGGGAGAAGACAAAAAACCAGUUUUUGACAACGUAGAUCUUCGGCAGACAUGGGAGGCAAUGGAGGCGUGCAAAGAUGCCGGCUUGGUGAGGUCCAUCGGAGUGUCCAACUUCACCCGUAAGCAGCUGGAAAUGAUCCUGAACAAGCCAGGAUUGAAAUACAAGCCAGUGAUAAACCAGGUUGAAUGCCAUCCUUAUCGGAACCAAAGCAAGCUGCUGGCCUUCUGCAAGUCAAAUGAUAUCAUCCUAGAAGGAUAUUGUGUCCUGGGAUCCCAAAGAGACCCUAGCUGGUUAAAUCCAGAUGCUCCUCCCCUGCUUGAAGACCCUUUGUUGGUUGCGAUCGCCAAGAAGUACAACAAAACCCCAGCUCUCGUGGCUAUUCGCUACCAACUGCAGCGCGGCCUGGUGGUCCUAGUGAAGACCUACACCAGAAAGCGAAUUGAGGAAAAUGCCCAGGCAUUUACUUUCCAGCUGUCUGAGGAGGAUAUGAAAGCCAUUGAUGGCCUUCACAAAAACAUGAGCUUUUCAAAAGCGGAAAUGCAAGUCAUAUUCAAAUAG